CAGAGGCUGAAGAAGCAACAGGGUGUGAUGCGCAGGAUGACGCCACCGUCCUCCCUGCACCACGCCCCGGCCGACGAUGGCAGAAGCAGACUAUCCUCCGCCUUCGUCUUUGUGGCUCCCCCAUCACCAACUGACUCCCGUAGGCAUACCACCACACAAACCAUGUGUCCCAAGUUUAUGCCCACCUUACAUGUCACUGAUUCCCAUCUCUUGGUCGCCACACAGGCUCUAGAUACCGGUACUCAUUUGAUGCCCACUACACAAGUAUUUAAUGCCCAUCUCUUACCCACCACACAAGCCCCCAAUACCAACUUACCGUCCAUACGUAGGUCCUGGUCAAUGUACCACGUGGAGAACCAAGAACUGGCCACGGCGUUGCUCCCACUGCACCACCACCCACUCAAAGCCUCCAAGUACGGGUUCAGGACGGUGCCGCAUCGUAGACUAACCAAAAUCUACGAUAACUACGAAGAGAUGUUUCCUGACCCCACCAAACCUCCACCACCAAAGUCCUUCAAAUCAUGGGAAUGUAGAGGUCGGAUCGGUGAGCGUUGUAGGCGUGCUGUUGUGACACCAACAUGUGGAGAAAACACUUCUCCCCCGCCCCCGCCCCCGCCUCCGGUUCCUGUAUCCCAGCACUUUACCGUCAACAAACAGCCUUCACUAGUGCCUCACACCAACUCCUCCUGCCAUCACUGUCCACAUGCUCCACUCAACACGUCUGUCUCCUCACCCGUUGAACACUACAUCGUCGACACCAUCAACGAAACGUACAUAAGUGCUGACAGUUACCCUUCAUCGUGAGCGCUGACAGCUAUCAUCCAUACAUGAAGUCUGUCACACUCCUCCUUCACCACUAAGUCCGACAAAGAGAGAAAUAAUUGUAUCUAAAAUAUCCUCACAUUUCUUUCUACUCAGUCAGUCAUUUCCAUUGGUGAGUGAAACAAACAGAAAUUAAUCCAUGGAUAUUCUUUUAUUCUUUUAAGGUGUACAGUAGGGUUUCGGAUACGGCUUGUACCGCUCUGGGAUAAUCGGGGAGGAAUAUUUUACAUGUAUUGACAGAGGUGAUGGCAAGGUGCUGCGUAAACUAGUAUCAUGGUCGUGGUGGAAGGCGCUUGUUUCUCCUCUCGUUGAUCUCUUCUGGGGGGAAAAAACCCCCUAAUGUUUUAGAUUAUCUCCUGUAGCUCAUAACAGGAACCCAGGAGGAAGGACGAGCAGAGCAACAACCAAACAAGAUCCUGUGUUUAUGUUUAUUAGGUGUUUUAUCUUUUCUCUCCUUGAUACUUUCGUCAGCAUAUUCAGGGUUGAGUACCACUUCCUUUGUCUUUUACUGCAAGCAUUUAUCAAGCGUAAACUACAGAUCAUCUUUUUUAUGGUCUUUUGGUGAUAGAGGCGACAAUGUUAUUAAGCGUGAGUCGAGUUGUCAGGUACAGAGACGCCCUUGAGGGAGGUUUUAGAAACUAUCCUUCCUACCCUCCCCCAUCACCACCACUACUACUACCACCACUACCACCACCACCCCACCACUGCUACCACCACCACCUGCACGCCUACCCUGACGCCUACUUUUGAUCGGAUACUUUAGUAGAUGUUGGAAUUAUUAAUCAUUUUUAAUAUUUACCGCCACUAGAACAAGGUAUAUUGCUGUAGGCUUAACAUGGAACAACUAUUUAUUUCAGGUGCACUGGGACUUUUUAAUCACCCCGUAUAUUAAUCGAUACAUAACAAAGUUAAAGGGUAAUUCAGGGUUACAGAUGAUGUAUUAAGAAACUACAUGGUUAAGACUGACUCAAUUUGACCCGUAUGAUAUUUGUCUGUUUGUUAGGGUUACUGUAUGGUCUUGGCUACUACUGUUGGUCUACAAUACUUGUCUUGUUGCUCUUUGGCAUUCACGAAGAUAAUGAUAUAUAGUUGUUUACAAAAUUCCCUGGACGGUUUUAACAAUGGCAUAAAAAUGUUAGAUGACUGAUUUUAUUUUCCCACAUUUUCCUAGUUACUGGAUUGCCCU